UAGAAGUUCAGAUCAUACGGACUUCGGUCAAAAGUUGGCCAACAUGUCUCUUGAACUUGUUCACUGGUUUAUCAUUGGAUUUUUGUUAAUAUUGCCAAUCCUAUACGAGUUAAGCGGAACUUUCCGAUACCAUGCAAAAUUUGCCCUGUACUACGCCUGCGUCAUGGGCAUUGCCUCUGUGGUCUGCCUGUAUGGCUGGAUAAGACCUGGCGAUGUCAACAAUCAUUGGUUCAUUAUAUGGUCCAUGGUCCAUGUGCAGAACUUAUUUGGAAUAGAAGUAGAAGUUCGCAACAGAGAAAACCUUGAAUCAGACAAGCCUUACAUCCUAGUUAUCAACCAUCAGAGCUCUUUAGAUUGCAUCGGCAUGUUCGCUAUAUGGCCGGACCGAGGGGCUGCGCUGAUCAAGAAAGAUCUCCAGUACGCUGGGCCAUUCGGGCUCGCUGCAACUCUGUGUGGAUCUGUUUUUAUAGAUAGGCUAAACAGAGAACGUGCCUUGGAAACCAUGACAAAUACAGCCAAGAAAAUCCAUGAUAGGAAAGUGAAGCUGCUGGUGUUUCCUGAGGGCACCAGGAACCAUGAAGGAAGUCUCAUGCCAUUUAAGAAGGGGGCCUUUCACCUUGCUGUGCAAGCACAGAUUCCAAUCGUGCCAGUAGUGUUUUCAUCAUACUCAGAAUUCUACAAUAAAAAGGACCGAAAAUUCACAACAGGAAAAUUCAUCAUCACCUGCCUACCAAGUAUUUCAACACGUGGAAUGACGGCUGCAGAUGUCACCGAUCUCACUGAAAAUGUACGCAAGCAGAUGCUGGAAACGUUCAACCAGACCUCAUUUGAGGCAACGCAGAACAAGCUCGCCAGCAAAAUGUCCAUGUCUAAUGGGGCUAAGUAGUCAGCCACGACUCCCCGGUGUUUGUCCAUCAGCCAUUGACAAUAUAUAUAGAUUAUAACUAAUUUUGUAGUAGUCAGUUUCAUGUUAAUUAUGAACACAAGUCGUUCAAAACUGUGCGGUGCGUUUUAUACUGGAUAGAUUGUUGAUAAGAUGAACAUGAAAAUGUGGUAUAUUUUGCUGUUAUGUGGGUGUUUGUUUUAUACUGCUUUUUGCAAUUGUCAGGAUUACAUAUCGUUUUGGAAUGGGUUUUUCACAUUUUUGUAAUUAAUAUUUGUGUUGUUUAUCAGAAAUUAUAAUUUUAAUAUUUUUUCUGAUGCCAUUAAUUUGGAUUUUAUGGAAUUAUUUGUUUAAGACAAUUUAAAUGAAAUUCAUUAUGUUUGAUAAUACUGCUCCUCAAAAACUGUGUUUAUUCCUGUUAACAAAUGAUUAUUUGAUAACCAGUCAAAGAAAAAAGGAAACUAGUUGUUAGUCCCUAACCCAUGUUAGUGUUGUUGGGGCUAGAAAUGUGUCCUUUGUCCAUCCGUUAAAAAACUCGAUCCUGCUAUAUCUCAAACUUGGUGAAGAUACCAGAAUGAAAAUUAUUAUUCCUGAAUAUUAUGCAGGACCAAUUUAUGUAUAUUUUGUUUAGAAACAUUACACCUGAACAGGGUUAGGGCAAACAGGGGACUACAGUGUUGCUUGCAUUUCUAAAUGAGUAUCAAUACCGUUCUUUAUCUACUUUAUUUGUUUAUAUGUGGAAUGCUUUGUUAAUGUUUUUAUAAGAAGUUAUACUGUUGGCAGUUGUUGGCAUUUUUUCAUCAAAUUAGGCAUACAAUAUUCCCAUAUUGUGCCCCAAACAUGUCUGGUGCUGUUUUGUGCUUGUGUUGUUUAAAAUUAUGCCUUUAUGUUUGAAAAUUAUAUGCAAAUGCAUAACUAAAUAGUUUAAAAUUGUGAGUUUAUUGCAGCUGAUUGAAACAUUAUAAAGUCUUCAAUGUAGAUCUAUUCUUUUUUAUGCCCCCGGUAGGGUGGCAUAUAGCAGUUGAACUGUCCGUCAGUCCGUCUGUCAGCCUGUGCGUCCUUCCGAAAACUUUAACAUUGGCCAUAACUUUUGCAAUAUUGAAGAUAGCAACUUGAUAUCUGGCAUGCAUGUGCAUCUCAUGAAGCUACACAUUUUGAGUGGUGAAAGGUCAAGGUCAUCCUUCAAGGUCAAAAGUCAAAAAAUACAAUCCAAGAGAAGUAAUAAGGUUUAAAAGGGAUAUAAUUUCUAAACCUGCCAAAUUAUAUAUUGAAAUUUUAUUUCAAAGCGGCGCAAUAGGGGGCAUUGUGUUUCUGACAAACACAUCUCUUGUUUAAUCUGGAAAGAUGCAUUUUAUUGAAAACAAAUGCAAACAAAUAAAACUAUUUCAUGUAUUUUCUUCUAUAUUAUCUGUGUUAUUUUGCUAGAUACAUUGUUGUUAUGUUAGGUAAAGUGCUUCUGUCAAAAUUUGUGCUGGGUCAUGAAUAAGAUCAUGUUAAGGUAAGGAUUCUGAACCGGACUUAAUUGGCUUACUGCUGGUCAUUUACCUGCAGAUUCGGGUAGGCUGGCUUGUCAAGACCAUACGUGUUACCGUCUUCCACUCGCAGCCAAAACAGUGUUCAUAAAUGAACACCCACAUUGUUAUUUAUUCUCUGAUUUGUAUGUAAUCAUUUCAUAUGUCUUUUUUUAAUAAUUAUUAUAAUAAAGAGUAAUUAGACUUUGUUCUUCCAAAAGUUUUGUUACCAUGAGGUGUUGUAACACAUUGACAGAAAUGAUUGAAGAUUAGCUAAGUUGAAUAAAUUGCUUUAAUACUUGCAUUAAAUGGUUUAAUACUUGCAUACAUUGGUUUAAUACUUGCAUACAUAAGUUUAAUACUUAAAUGCAUUGGUUUAAUAUUUUCAAAGUUGCAUAUAUUGGUUUAAUUGUUACAUAUAUUGGUUCAAUACUUGCAUACAUUGGUUUAAUACUUGCAUACAUUGGUUUAACACUUGCUUAGUUGCAAACAUUGGUUUAAUAGUUACAUAUUUUGGUUAGAUACUUGCAUACAUUGGUUUGAUACAUGCAUACAUUGGUUAAAUACUUGCACAUAUUUAUUGAAUACUUGUGCAUAUUGGUUUAACAAUUGCUUACAUUGGUUUAAUACUUGCACAUAUUGGUUUAAAGCUUGCAUAAAUUGGUUUAAUACUUGAAUACAUUGGUUUAAUAAUUGCAUGCAUUGGUUUAAUAGCUGCAUAUAUUGGUUUAAUACUUGCAUGCAUUGGUUUAAUACUUGCAGACAUUGGUUUAAUGCUUGCAUACAUUGGUUUAAAGCUUGCAUAAAUUGGUUAAAUAGCUGCAUAUAUUGGUUUAAUACUUGCUGGAAACUUAGAUAAGUAGCCACUAAAGCUAAUACAACAAACAACUGGCUUUUCAUGUAUUUAAGCACGCCAUUGCAAUAAUAGUAAAUGUAACUGUUAACAUUUUACAUGAAUAACUUCAUCCAAAAGUUAAUGUCUGUUAGCUGUUGGCUUCUGAAUACUCAGACUCACCCAUGUAAACUCGUAUAGGCGAGUCCCUUUGGUGGUGGACGUGUAUUCACAAAGUCAGUAGUGAAAACCAUGACAUUCAUCACGUUCUUGUGGCUUCAAUAAAACUUCAUUUCAGUCAGCUGAUCAACAUAGAUGUUUGUAGAAUAAUAGUCCGUUUGAUGUGUCACUAAUUGCUGUUCAAUAAGACAAUGCAUGCAUACUUUUCAAAACUCAAAAACUAAUUCUUAGUUGUAAUUGACUAUGCAUUUGCCAUUUUAUCCAGUUACACAUCAAAGUGUAUUUGUGCAUUAAGAAGAAAAAUUAUAUGUGUUGAAAUCUUCAAUACCUUAAUUAUAGCUAUAUGUAUAUACUACAAAGCUAAAUGUAUGUGCUAUAUAGCUUAAUUUAUGUACUACAUAUGGGUAUAAAAUCACUGAUCACUACCUCUUGACUGUCACCUGUGUCUAUGCAUACAUAUGUAUGUGUAUAUUGUCAAUUAUAAUAAUACAUUAUAUAAUAAUGAUUGGCCAAGAGCUAGUCCAGAUUUAGAUGAUGUGAGAUGAUUUGUAUUAUUAGACUUGCAUAAAGUACAUAAAUCAAUGAGUUCGUUUUGUAAAAGAUAAAAUGAUGUAAGAAUUAGUUGAUAUAUUGUAAAAUGUGUCUUACUAGCGUGCUAUGCAGGUUCUAAAACAAUACAUGUAUUAUUGAACCUUGUAUGAUUGUUGAUGAAUCAAAACUGAUUAUUUUUAACCAUACUGGCUCUGGUCCUCCUGCUGGAUGAAACUUGAUUGCUGUAGUAAGUCAAUUGAUUAUGUAUUAGUUCUGGUAAUGCUUGUUGAAUUAUGCUUGCAAUUAAAGAUUUAUUUAC